UGAGUCACCAGGCGCUCAUUUCCUCAUCUUCUCACUACCUACAUACCUACCUACCUACCUAACCUAGAACCUAGAUACCUUAUAAUAAAUUUCUUAGCAUCCCAAAUUUGAACAUGUCCCUUUUUAUCGUCCCUUAACUUGUCUAAAUUCUACCAAAGUGAAAUCAGUAUUGCAUAUUAAAAAGUAUCCUCGACUACAUCUACUAUCUUCAAAGCCAAUCUCCCAACUUCAAAUCAUCAACGAGUAAGAAAGCAUUAUGGCCGUGGGCGUAAAGCGGAAGCGCACUGGCGAGACUGUAGACGCCACUAUACUUCUACCGCAAAAGAUAGCGAAGCCUGUCCCUAAUGACGUCGCGCUUCAAGAAUCUACUUCUGUUCCCGAAGAUAUGGAGCCCCAAUUACAACGCAUUGCAGAAUCAGACCGUACGCCCUUCGAGAAGAAAGUGUGGAGCCUUCUAUGUCAAAUACCUCGUGGUCAUGUAUCAACGUAUGCCCUGCUCGCGGCGCAUCUAGGGUCGUCCCCACGGGCUGUAGGGAACGCGCUGCGGCGGAACCCAUUCGCGCCAGAAGUGCCGUGCCACCGGGUAGUGGCGACGGGAGGUGCCUUAGGUGGGUUCAAGGGAAAGUGGCCUAAGGACGGCGAAGGCAUCACUCUCGACGAGAAGCGGAAGCUUCUUCGUGGGGAGGGUAUAAGACUAGACGACAAGGGCAAGGUACUCGGGACGCCAUGGGCAGCAUUUAACUAAGCGAAUAAAGAGAAUAUAUGGAGGGCUUUUAGGCAACUAGUAUAGCGAAGAUGCUGGAAGUGUGCGACCCGACCAUUACCAUGUGAUCCUAGAUGGGAUGAAAGUAGCUUUAUGAAUGGUGGUAUAAACUGUUUGCUGAAUAAUAAGAUCUAUCUAAAUGGAGCUAAGAUGUGAGCAGAUUUCUAUUCAACAGGAUAUUUUUGUGUGUUCCAAAUGGCC